CGUCAUUCAAGAUGGCGGCCUCCUAAUACGGCAUGUGUAUCAACAACUUCAACACAGCCAUUCACUACUAAUUUUGCUAGUUACUAGUUUUUGAAUUGAGUUUUUUGGUAGUCUUAUAAUUCAACACAAUGAAGCUGAAAACCAAGCCCGCGUCUCAUAAGUCUGAAAAUACUUUCCGAUAUCUCACGUUUUCCGAAAGACUCGCAAAUGUUAACAUAGAUGUCAUCCAUCGCAUUGAUCGAACGGGAAGCUACGCAGAGGAGGUGGAAACCUAUUUCUUUGUGGCUCUAUUGAAAUGGAAAGACUUGAAUUUGACAGAACACUUCACAACCUUUCAGCGAGAGGUGUCGAGCAAGAGUCAAUCCUUCAACAUGCUAGUGUUUCACCAAGAUGCCAUCGUGUAGAGUCUUAAGACGCAUCUUUCUGUGAAGAACGGCAUGGCUUAUCAUCCUCUAUUGGAUCUUGUAGUUCAGCUUGCCCGGGACCUCCAGAUGGACUUUUACCCCCACUUCUCUGAUUUCUUCAUCAUCAUCACAUCUUUGUUAGACAAACAGGACACUGAGGUGUUGGAAGGGGCUUUCACCUGUCUGUCGUACCUCUACAAAUACCUCUGGAGGAUGAUGGUAAAGGAUAUGGACAAGAUUUACAGUCUUUACAGUAAACUUUUGGCUCACAAGAAGGAUCAUAUCCGUAACUUUGCUGCUGAGAGCUUUUCUUUUUUGAUGAGAAAAGUUGUAGACUAUGAUGCUCUGUUCACACUCAUGUUCUCCAACCUGUCUGAGCAUCCUCAGAAGGCCAAAGGAGUAGGUCAGCUGAUCUUUGAAAUGUGUCGCGGAGUCCGCAACAUGUUCCACUCCUGUGCCGCUACAGCUCUUCCAGUGGUGCUGAAGAAACUUGGACCAGCCGUGGACACGCAGGAUGUCGAUGUCUCUUUAGACUCCGUUAAAGAAGCUCUGGAUCAAAUGGUGGAGUCUUCAGCCAACUAUGUUGAUCGAGAACAUCUACUGCCGCUUUGGGAUUCUUUACACAGCUCUCUGAAAGAAGUUCUCGAAAAGCUAGAAGCGAGCAAUGCCAACCAGGCUAAUGAACAAAUGGAGAGGCUUUUGUAUAUCUACCACACCCUGGUGGAGCAUCGCCAAGGAGCGAAAAUCACAAAUCCUCAGUCGGUCUGUGAGACGAUUCUUCAUCUAGUUCAGGCUUCCGGACUCUCAUACUCCUCGUGCAGACUGUUAUUGCAGGUGGUCACUUCUUUUCUUAUGGGGGAGAAUCUGUCAUUACCCGCUAGCAGUAUCCAGGAACUAGUAAAAAAGGUCUUCAACAGCGGAAUGGACAGAGACCUCAUUUUAUCGUUUUCCGAAGAAAUGUUUGACAUGAAACAGUUUGAGCAGUUGUUCUUGCCCAGUUUGCUUGUGUAUCUUGAGCGAAUCUUCUGCACCGAAGACUCUGUGAACAAGCAGCUGGUUCUGGAAUUGUUGGCCAGACUGAUUCUGUCCAAAGCUCCGCCCCCCACAGACGGCUCCAUGGCUUUUGAGAAGUACCCAUUGGUCUUUACUGGGCAGCACCUCAGGUCAACUGGACCUGAAAGAGACCAGCUCGUGUCUGUUCCCCAGCUGAUUAUGUCUUUCAUAGACGUCCCUGUGGACCAACCGAUUUCUGAUCUUUCUCUUCCUUGGGCUGCGUUGGUGUUGCUUCCACAUGUCAGACCUUUAGAAGCAGCGAGUGUUAUAGCGGCAGUGACCACUCUGCUGAACAGAUUACUGGAUGAAGUGUGCAGUGAAACCCUGAGCAGAGCUGGUCUGUUUGUAGCCCGACAGGCCCUUAGCACCCUGCUGAGUUUCAAAGAGACGGCAGUGGUGUUAUCAUUACUCCCAGUAGAGCUGGUCAGAGGCAUCAUAGAAAAAUUCCCCACGGAUCUUUCGGCGCUGUUGUUGGGAGAUCUGUACUACACCAGACUUUCCCUCAACGGUUGCUCCUCGCAGCUUUCCCAUGAUUCCCUGCUGGAUUUAUACCAUGUACUACAUUCCAAUUUUUCCUCCAACAUGUCUAAGAUUCGUCUGCUGACUUUGCGAAUCAUGUCAAACUUUGAGGCCGAUCUCCCAGCGCAGGGAGAGGACCGCUCAACCGUGCAGACGGUGUUUUCCAUCUGUCUGCAGGCAGAGCUGGUUCCCGCCACCGUUCAGGACUACAGAGAAAAGCUGCUACAUCUUCGUAAACUCCGUCAUGAUCUGGUUCAGUCCUGUCUGCCUCGCGGACCUUUCUAUGAGGCUCCUCUCCGUUAUCUUAUUGCAAUGCUGUUUGUUAAUUUCCAACCUUUGUGGGAUCCUGUUAUUGAUCUGCUGGUGUCACAUGCUAAAGAAAUGGACAAUAAGUCGUUCUGGAAGGUGUACUAUGAACAUCUAGAGAUGGUCGCUGGUUUAGCUGAGGAAGAGCUGCAUUUGGAUGAGGAAGACGAUGAUGGAAAUAAUCAAGCCGCAGUGCGGAUAAGAGGCCCGGGAAUGGACGUGAUUGAAAGCGGUGAUGUUGGAGUUCUGUUUCUAGAUCAGCUGGACAAGACAUCAGAUCCCAGCGAGCGAACGGACUUCACAAACUUCCGCAAUCUGUUGUGGCGAACCAUGGCCCAGGUUCCGGACAGAGUGGAGCCACGCAGCCGAGAGCUCAGCCCGUUACUGCUGCGCUUCAUCAGUAAUGAGUUCUACCCGGCCGACCUGCUAGUGGCUCCCACCCAAAACUUUUUGAAGAGGAGCAGCUCUUCAUCGGAACAGGAGAUGGCUGAGGAUGAUGAUGCUGACAUGGAGGAUGAAGAAAAUGACGAUUCCAAACACUCCAAGAGGAAAGUGCCAAGAAGAGCAGCCGCCAAGCAGCUCGUUGCUCACCUGAAGGUCUUCUCCAAAUUCACCAACCCCAGAUCUUUAUAUCUGGAGCCGAGCUUAUACAAAAUGUACACAGAGCUACUGUGUCAUAAAGACCAACAAAUGCAGAAGAUAGCACUGGACUGCUUGAUGACAUACAAAGACCCAAACAUUGUUCCAUACAAAGAGAACCUGGAGAGGCUUUUGGACGACAAGUAUUUCAAAGACGAGAUCGUCCACUUUAACAUCGCAGACGAGGGAGCAGUGGUGCAGACCUCACACCGACCUCAACUCAUCCCCAUGCUUAUGAGGAUUUUGUACGGGCGGAUGCGCACCAGGAUUGGUAAUAAGUUUCAGGGGAAGUCGGCCGCGACCUCACGCUCGUCCAUAGUGCUGCGCUUCCUGGCGGGAUGUCAGCCGGAGGAGAUGGGCAUGUUUAUAGAUCUUCUGCUGGAACCUGUUCGUCACCAUGGCGAAGGUAUGUGUCUGGCGGCGGUGGAGCGGGCCGUAGCCGAGACGGACCCAUCCGCCGCUCUGCCUGUGGGUCGGCUGCACAGCCUGCUCAACAUCAUCGACAUCAUCAUCCAUAAACUGGGUCACCUCAUCCUCAUCCACCUGGCCAAAGUUCUGCAGAUUCUGCUCUGCAUCACAGCCUCGGUCUCCUUCCUACUGGAUCACAGGGAACAGCUGAAGUCCGGUUGCAUCAGCCCUCUGAAGAACUUGCGUCGGCUGGGGAUUCUGCGCAUACAGGACUUCUUUGAAGGCUUUGAGUCUUACAGCUUCACUGCAGAUGAGCUGGAUGCUGCGUUUCAAGCGGUGGUUUGGCCUCAGGUGUGUCGUCUGCCGACUGAAAGCCCUUAUGCACCAACACCCCUCCUGAAGCUCAUCUAUGUCUGGAGCCGAAAUGCAAGAUUUUUUCCUUUACUUGCCAAGCAGAGGCCUGGCCACUCCGAGUGCGACGUUCUCCGUAACGUUUUCGCUCUGCUCUCCGUCAAAAACGUGUCUCCCAACACUGUGGCCGUGGUGAUGGACAUGGCCGAGAGUCUGCUGGUCACUCCGGACUUCGAACCCACCGAGAACGAGCCCGAGGUGAUCGCGAACAACUGUGUGAUCCCGGAGGCCGAGCAGAGCUCUGACAGCACAGAUUCUUUGACGGUGGGUUGCCGUCUGCUGCUCCCUCACGUUUCAGCGGUUCUUCAGUACCUCAGCGGAGUCGUGAGGAACUCUGAACGGCUCAAGAAGAAAAAGUUCAGAACUCAAGUGAGCAAAGAGCUCAACGUCCUUUCCAAGAUCAGCAGGUUUGUGACUGAUAAGCAACAGAGCUCAACGCUGAUCAGUUUACUUCUGCCUUACCUUCACAAGCCAAACACUGCUCAGGAAACAGUGUUGGACAUUCUCGGUACGGUGCAGAACUUACUGCGGCAGUGCUCAGAUCCCGGCGUGUUCCUCAAACCCCUCUGUAAACUUUGCUCCGUCAUCCACGACAAAGUCCCGCGUCAGGCUCUGUGCGAGGUGUUCAAGACCGUAUCGGAUCUGAAUGGCGAUCUUGCGUACAUCAAAGACAUCGUCAUUGAGCUCAACGCGUUUGACAGUCGACAUCUAGAUGAGAUUCACUUCGAUGUUCGACUGGCGGCUUUCCAGAAGGCCAACAAGUACAUUAAAGAGAUGAGCACGCUGGAUCUCAACUACCUAAACGCUGUCAUGCACAACUGCUUUCACUCUAUUGAGAUCGGUGACAUGUCUUUGGCCGACUGCGCCACCAUGUGUCUGUCAGUGGUAAUGACACAGCUCACCACAGUCGGGUGCCCAAAAGCAGAAUACAGAGAGAUUGUGCAGUGCACAAUACUAGAUGCGGUGCGCAAGGGUUUGAAGAGCAAGACUGAGAGUGUGAGAAACGAUUACACUACAGUUCUGGCCAGUCUAAUCUAGACCUUCCCGGACCGAUCAGAGUUUUGUGACCUGGUGCAGCUGACGGAUCACAACGAUCCAGAGUCCGAUUUCUUUGAGCAUAUGAAACACAUCCAGAUGCACAGGAGGGGGCGAGCGCUCCGAAAGUUCGCCAAGCAGCUGACCGAGGGCACGGUUGUGAUGUCUUCACGCACCAUGCAGAAUUACAUCAUGCCUUAUGCCAUGAUCGCUCUGUUUGACGAAAAGCUGCUGAAGUAUGAGCCCAUGACAACAGCCGCAGUGGAGCUGAUUGGUGCCGUGUGCAAACGUCUGUCCUGGUCCCAGUAUUUGUACUACGUCAAGCAAUUCGUCCAUAUACUACAGAUGGGAUUAACGGAACAAAAACUGGCUGUCAGCUUGCUGGUGACCGUUCUUGAGGCCUUCCAUUUUGACCACCACACCCUCAGUAAAGAAGUCGACGCUGCCAAAAACAGAACGACAGAGCCUGUUGUUGUGGAGGAAGAGGCUAAAGAUGAGGAGGCAGAAACCAUGGAGAUGGACGAAAGCGAUUUUGAGGAAGCCAUGGAAACCGAUGAUGCGGGAGCGGCUGCUUCCACGACAACGAAUGCCAUGGAUACCGAAACUCAAGUGUCUGUCAAAGCAAAAGAGGGCAAAGAGAGUCAGGCGAAGAAAGCACCCCCUGUUGUCAGCAGCGGACUUCCACAGAGUCCGCAAGAUCUGGAGGCGCUGAUUUCCUCCAUUCAUCAGACGGUCACUCAGAGCAUCCUGCCUAAACUUCAUAAGUGCCUCAUCGCGAAGGUUAAACGUGAUGACGAGCACAAGACGGUGAAGUCUAAAGAGGUGAUGGAUGAAGAAGUGGUCCGAGUUCCCAUCGCCUUCGCUAUGAUUCAGCUCAUGAGGUCUCUGCCGCAGGACGUCAUGGAGGCCAACUUACCCGGUGUCCUGCUGAGGGUGUGCGUGCACCUGAAGAGCCGUUUCCAGGAGAUCCGUGAUGUUGCUCGAAGCACUUUGGUGAAGAUCAUAGAGACGCUGGGACAUCAGUACCUUCAUUAUCUGCUCCGAGAGAUGAAGAGUGUCCUAGUGAAGGGCUAUCAGGUCCAUGUGCUGACCUUCACCUUGUACCAUUUACUCUCCAUCCUGAGUCCGUCCUUGACCGGAGGAGAUCUCGAUCCGUGCAUGGACAUGCUCAUCACGAUCUUUAACAACGAGCUGUUUGGGGACGUUGCUGAGGAAAAGGACAUCAAAGGAAUCGUUUCCAAAGUGAUGGAGGCCCGUCACAACAAGAGCUUCGACUCGUAUGAGUUAAUGGCACGGUUUUGCAGUCAAGAGCGCAUCGUUCACCUCAUCAUACCCCUCAAGGAGAUACUGGAGAACACAGUCAGUUUAAAGGUGUCCAAGCGAGUGCACGCCGUGUUCAAGAGAAUCGUGGCUGGUCUUCUGCUGAAUAAGAGCAUGAGUCCUCAGUCCAUCCUUCUGCUCAGCCACGGCCUCGUGAGCCAAAGUCUUCCGCUCAUCACCAGCAAAAACAAGGAGAAGAUCCUUCCGCCUCCAGACCCUCGACUGCCUCCGCCGAGCUGCUUGCUGCUGCCGCCCACCCCCAAGAGGGGCGGAGUCAGAGCCGCCAUUAAUAGCAAAACCAACACGCACAUCCUGGUGGAAACGGGUCUUAGCUUGCUCUACUGCAGUCUGAAGACGUCAAAGGUGAACUCGUCUGUGGUGUCGGUGAAGGAGAUGUUGGAUCCGUUCGUGUCUCUCCUUCUGGACUGUCUUAGCUCGAUGCACGUAAAGGUCAUUACAGAAGCCCUUCAGGCCUUCGUUUGGAUCCUGAAUUUUCCUCUGCCCGCCGUCGAGCAGAAUUUCGAUCAGCUGUCCAAACAGCUCUUCAUUCUGCUGAAGGACUACGCCAAAGCAGGGGCCGCUCGCGGCGAGAACUUCGCACUGGUUCAAAACUGCUUUAAGGCUAUAACAGUUUUGGUGAAGAGUGUGAAGCAGCGUAUAUCAGAAACACAGCUGCAGGUGCUUCUGGGAUACGCAGAAGAGGACAUUUAUGAUAACUCUCGACAGGCCACCGCAUUUGGUCUCCUGCGGGCGAUUCUCUCCAGAAAACUGGUGGUGCCGGAAAUGGAGGACGUGAUGAAGAAGGUGGCCAAGCUCUCCAUCAACGGGGCUAAUGAACAGGUCCGCAUGCGAUGCAGACAGAUAUACUUGAGGUACCUGAUGGACUAUCCACUGGGGAAGAAACUGAAGAAUCAUUUUGACUUUAUAGUCGCUCAGCUCAGUUAUGAAUAUGAUACCGGCAGGCAGUCUGCCCUUGAGAUGCUGGCUUUCAUUUUCCAGACAUUCCCUCAGAAUCUCUUGCUGGAGCACUGUGGUCUGUUCUUUGUGCCGUUGUCGCUGGUAAUCCUGAACGACGAUUCGGGGUCUUGUAAGAAAAUGGCCACCCUGGCAGUCAAGUCACUGUUGAGAAAGUUGGAUUUGCAGCAUCAGAAUUCCAUGUUUACCUUGGUCAACAACUGGCUAACAGGCGAGAAGAUGGCUCUACGGCGACUGGGAACUCAGAUGUGUGGGCUGUUUGCAGAAGUGGAAGGAGACAAGUUCAACCGAAGACUUGAAGGCCUGAUACCCCUGAUAGAGAGAGAGAUCCACACCUCCAACUUUGAGGAUAUUGAGGAAGAGGAGGACGAGAAGGCUGCGGACCGACUGUUGUUCUGUUACCUUACUCUUAUCGUCAAACUCAUCAAAGAUUGCGGCUUUCUGGAGCUCCCGAAACCUGCAGACCUGCUCGAAAACACCUGGGGUCAUAUUGAUUCACAUCUGCGGUACCCUCACUCUUGGGUUUGGCUGACAGCUUCACAGAUCUUUGGUUUGCUGUUUGCUGCUCAUAAACCGGAGGAUCUGGUGACGCUGUGGAGCUCACAGGACACCACACAGAAAAACACGCAGCCUGUGGCCUCUGUUUUUCUCUUUAACAACUUGGAUCAGAAGAUGAGAGAGCUGGCCUUAUCUUUCUGUUACCAACUACAGUCAAAUUUUCUAGAUAUUGCUUCCGGGGAGCAGGUGGUAAAGAACUUGCUCUACGUGGCCAAGGUGAUCUACCUCAUCUCACCAGAUUCUGAUACUGUAACCCAAACUGAGGAGCAAGAGGAGGUGAAAGGUAUUGAAGAGGGUGACGCAGAGGAGAAUAAAGAUGAUGAUGAAGAGAUGGAUAAGGAGCAUCAAGAAGUGCAAGAGCUUGAGGAGCAACAGAAUGAGAACAGGCGUCCGACUCUCCUCUGGGUUAUAAAGAAGCUUUCAUUGUUGGCCAAAAGAGAAGCAGCUAACACACCUAAAGUGCCUUUGAAGAGAACUUGUGUGUUUAAGUUUUUGGGAGCAAUAGCUGUGGAUCUCGGCAAGGAUCGGCUCAGGCCUUAUCUGACCACGAUUAUUGCUCCUCUCUACAGAGAGCUGGACAGCACAUAUGCAGACCAAGAUCCCACACUAAAAAACCUGGCUCAGGAAUUGAUUGAGUUGUUGAAGAAACUGGUUGGUCUGGAGCGUUUCUCAUUGGCUUUUGCUGCCGUGCAGAAAGAGGCAACUCGGAGACGAGCUUCCCGCAAGAAACAAAAGGCCAUGCAGGCUGUUGUCAAGCCCGACAUUGCAGCCAAAAAGAAGAUUAAGAAGCAACUGAAGAAAACUGAGACCAAAAAGAGGAAAAUUCAAGCUGUGCGUUCAGGACAUACAGCAAAGAAACCUAAAAGCAGCACGCUGAGGGACUUGGCCAUAAUGAAGUGAA